UGAAUAACCCUUGGCUGAGAGCACGUAGUGCGAGGGCAGCUUGUGCCAAGUCAUAAGACCAUGAUAACUUAAAUCACAACAAUUAGGGUCCUGCCUGUGGGCUGGGCGGGGGCAAGGGGGCUGAGCUUAGCAGGGAUAAAAGGACAUCGUUAAGCCUUGGUCUCCUUUUUUCCUUCCUAACUGGGCAGUUGUUUUGUGAGGUGAGGGCCCGGUCUGAGGGGGAGGAGGCAGGCAGCAUCCCAGCAGCGGCCAGGGAGGCAGUCCAGGAGUGGCUAAGCAGAUAGCCAAGGGACAGAGGAGACAGAUUAAUACACUAAAGCCAAAACUCCAGGAAUUGAGAACUCACCCAUUUCAAAUCAGGGGUAGGGAGAAAAGGGAGGAGAGAGAGGUUGAGAACUAGAGAGCAAAAGGGUGAACUGCUGGACUUCUCAUCCCGCUGGGGCUUUGGGUCUGCUGCAGGGCUUUUAGGUACACCCAGGGGCUCAGGGUGAAAAGCAAGCAAUGGCCGUGGCAGGGUGUGUGCAGCCGGCCGACUGGAGCGGGAUAGAAGAGGACCCCCAGCCGACCCGGCCCAGCCUGACCUCCAUCUCCUCUGGGGAGCUUCGGAGCUUGUGGACCUGUGACUGUGAGCUGGCCCUGCUGCCCCUGCAGCAGCUGCUGCACAUGCAGCCGGGCUUCUUCCAGCUGCUGGGAGACCAGCUCCUGGUCCUGGGGCCUAGGCCUCAGGAGGCCUCACGUGGGGGCUUCAACGUUUUCUGCGACGGAUUCGUGCGCUUAGAUGGGAGUCUCUACAGAGUCAGCAACUACUUAAAAAGAUAUGUGGAACUGACCAACUAUUGUGAUUACAAAGACUACCGGGAAACUAUAUUGAGCAGACCGAUGCUGUUCUUUAUUAACGUCCGAACAGAAGGAGAUUCCUCAAGAGAAAAGACGUAUGCAUUUCUUGUGAAUACACGACACCCCAAGAUCAGAAGACAAAUUGAGCAUGGGAUGGAUACAGUCAUUUCCUCAGUGAUUGGAGAAAGCUACCGACUUGAGUUUAAUUUUCAAGAAGUGGUCAAGAAGUUUUUUCCUCCAGGAAAUGAAGUGGUUAACGGAGAAGACUUGAAUUUUGUAUAUGAAUUCAAAGCUGAUGCCUUGUUUGAUUUCUUCUACUGGUUUGGCCUCAGCAAUACCACAGUUAAGAUUAAUGGAAAAAUCCUGAAUUUGUCUAGCACUAGCCCAGAAAAGAAGGAAACGAUAAAAUUAUUUCUGGAAAAAAUGAGUGAACCUCUUAUCAGAAGAAGCAGUUUCUCAGAUAGGAAAUUUAGUGUUACUUCUAGAGGCUCUAUAGAUGAUGUUUUUACCUGCAGUCUGUCACCUAGAUCAUCUUUGACGGAUCCUCUUCUAGCAGAAUUUCCAAUUUCAGCAGUCUUGGAAUCCGAAGAGAGACCCAACAAAUUCAUCCGAUUUGUGUAAAAUGGCGUUUUUCAAACUGAAAACCGUGUGCCUAGACUUUGGGGUCACAGGCAGGGGUGGUGGUAAGAGAGGGCCUUCUCCCACUUUUUGUCCUCUUUUAUUUCCUUAGGAGAGGUCAAUCCUUCUCCAACCACCUUCAUUAAGACUCUCAUAGAGGGACUUUUUUGUUUAAUUUUCUACCAGAUGUGAUAACCCAGCAGCUCUGACAACUGAAUCAUUUUAGAGAUGUGCUCACCAGGGCUAAGGACAUUCUCCUUUAGGCCUGUGGGAGAAGCUGUGCUUUUGGCAACCACAGCCUGCUUUCUCUACCUUGUGGCUGGACAUUUUCUGAUUUAUUUUGUGGAAAUCAUGAGAGCAAGAGGUAUCCCUGCCAUGCCAAACAAAAGAGCACUGGAUUUACUCGGUGACUGGGAACAUUCCUACCUUAAUCCCAAUUUAGCAGGCUUAUGGUAACCACUAUGGCAAUUGGUACUCUGUUUUUAUAAAGCUAGAAAUGGGUUAAAUUCUUUCACACCAAAAAAUGGGAGUUUAACUUCUUUGUCGCUCAUGUAAAAUAUCCAAGCUGAUAAAUCUUCUGGAGAAUUAGUUAGUUUGAUGGAGAAGAUAACUAUACCCCUAUUUGAAAUGUGAAUUCCUGAGACCUCCCCAAGUUCAAAGUGAUCUGGGUAGUUCAGGAGGUAGUGUAGUAGAGAAGAGUGUUGGAUCUGGAAACAGGAGACCUGGUUUCAAGUCAUAGCUCUGCUUCUUACUACUUGUUUUGUGAUAUUCUCUGGAUCUUAUUUUUCUUGUCCAUAAAGUGAGGAGACUAGAUUGGGUGGCCCCCUAAGAACCUUCCAGUUUAAAAAUAUAUGAUCUUGAAAUCCUAUGAAGCUGAGUGAUUGAUAGCUGUAUUAUGAAGGUAAUGAAUAAUUUAAUUUACUCCUUCAUUCACAGCAGUGCAUGUUUGUUAUUGUCUUUCUUUGAAAGAGCUUGUGGCAAUCAGAAUACUAAAACUGAAUGGAAGAAGAGUUAUCUUUGUCACAGUGCUUUUUAAUGGCAAAAACAAACAAAAAACCCAAACCAAACCAAACCAAAGAAUUGCAUUUGAGAUUUGAGUUAAAAUCAAUCCAAUCCAAUAAACAUUUAUUAAGUACCUACUAAGUGCGAGUUACUAUACAAAGCAGUAUGGAUACAGUUAAUAAAAAGAAAGAGUUCCUGCUCUCAAGGAGGUUACAAUCUAAAGUGGGAAAUAAUAGAGAAAAGAAGGUAGAAAAGAGUUGGGGCAGGACAGGGGACAACCAGCAGAAGCAUCUUGUGCCAUGGCAUAGUUACCAGGCAGGACAAUGGAUGUAAAGUA